AUGCAGAACGAGUGGUUAGACAUAGGAGAUUUUUGCAUCCCAUUAGCAUUAAAAUGGCGCACUUUAAUUUAUGAUUGGUCGCCAGCAUUGCUAAAAUUCUAUCUCAAUGCGUUCCAGAUGACUCUCCCAGAUCAGAGUAAUUUAGUAAGAUGGGGUAAAAGUACCGAAAAAACUUGCUAUAUCUGUGGAAAGGCAGUUGGAACUGCUAAGCAUCUGCUGGUGGGAUGUAAGGUACUCCUGGACAGCGGUCAAUACUCGCGUCGUCACGAUAGGGUUCUAGAAGUCAUACGUUUUGUGAGAGAAGGCUCUAGGGCUACAAAAUCAAACGUCAAGCCUUACUCCAUCCUUAAAGCGGCGUCGGAUUGGACUAUAAUGAUGGACACGUAUGAAAAACAAUAUAAAAUCCCCGAGGAUAUUUGUGCGUCGGCCUCCAGACCGGAUAUAUUUUUGUUUUCGCGAAUUUUAAAGCGCGUAGUGAUGAUGGAGCUUACGGUCCCUUGGGAAACCAACAUCCCCAAAGACCAUACCAUCAAGGUCAACAAAUAUUACGAGCUCACAAACGAACUCACUCGAAAUAGGUUCGUAGUAGAUUUGUACGCGGUAGAGGUGGGAAAGUUUCGUCUUAUUUAA